AAUUUCUUUUUAGUUCCCAGAAUACCUCACUCAAAAGUCACUACUUCUCUUCACAACUCCCGAGGAUUUUUUCACCAUUUUCUCUCUCCUCACUCCUCUCAACUCUCUGAAUGCUCCAUUGAAGUUUGCUCAAAAAAUUUAGUUAAUCUUCAUCUUCAAGCUACAUAUCACAAACCAUAAAGAUAAAGUACUGUAUAUUAUCAUUAUUGUUGUAUAAUAUAUAUAUAUAGUUUGAGAAGAGUAAUUUGUAUAUGUAUAUGAAUAUAUAAUUUUUAUUUCAAAGAGAAUUUAUUAUACAUAUAUAAUAAAUAAAAAAUAAGGUUUUGGGGGGAUAGAAUGGAUCCACAGACGACGCUGAUGAAUGAAACGGUGUCGUAUAACCUAUCUGAGAUCUGGCCGAUUUCGAUGAAUGGCGGCGCUAGUGAGCUCGCCGGAGCUGGGCUGGGCCUCCGGAGAAGCCCGUUUGGGCCUAAUUUGGCCCGGUUUGUUGAGGCCCGCCCGAAUCUAGAAGUUUCUGAAGAUGACGGCGGUGUAGCGAGGAAGAGGAGAGAGAAUGUUGUGGAAGAUGAUUCCACCAAGGGUGUGUGCACUGGCAAUGGCAUGAGUGAUUCUGAUGGUAAAAGGCUCAAAUCAGCAGGAUCCGGAGAUGACAAUCAGAAUCAGAAAGCUGGAGGUGAAACAAAUUCUGGAAAGGAAGCAGAACAAAACAAUAAGCCAGCAUCUGAGCCACCGAAAGAUUAUAUUCAUGUGCGAGCAAGGAGAGGUCAAGCAACUGAUAGCCAUAGCCUUGCUGAAAGGGCUAGAAGAGAAAAGAUCAGUGAAAGGAUGAGAAUUCUACAAGAUCUUGUCCCUGGAUGUAAUAAGGUGAUUGGCAAAGCACUGGUACUUGACGAGAUCAUAAAUUAUAUCCAAUCAUUACAGCGUCAAGUUGAGUUUCUCUCGAUGAAAUUAGAGGCAGUUAAUACGAGAGUCAGUCCUGGAAUUGAAGGAUUUCCCUCAAAAGAUUUUGGGCAACAAGAAUAUGAUACUUCUGGAAUGGGAUAUGGUUCACAAACUCCAAGAGAUCAAUAUGGACGCAGUUCAUCACCAGAAUGGCUACACAUGCAGAUCGGUGGCGGAUUCGAUAGACAAACGUGACAAGAGGCUGUUGCUGUUCAUCGUUCCAGCCGGAAAUAAGAUCAAAUUUAGUUAGAAGUAGUUCAUACUCCUUCAGUGACUGUAAUAUUAUACUACCAGUACCUAAUCUGGUUCAACAGAGACCUUACGUUGAUUACUGAAAAAUCAGGCGUAAAGUGUACUCUGUGUUUGUAAGAAUACUUCAUUGAAUUACACACGUCCUUCUUCAUUA